GACAGCAAAUGGUGUGUUUUUUGACAAUAUAUUUUCAUAAUGGGUUAUGAAAGCUGUGUGUUUAUAUUUAUUGAGAUGUGUAAUUGUAAUCUCUGUGAUACUAACACCGAAUUUAAGUGAUAAACUGCGUCGAUUUGAUGUUUUACUAGUGUAAGGAUUCGUACUGCAAAAUGUCUUCAUCCAGAAACGAUUUCCCUUUGGAAGCCCUCAAUAUACACGGGCCCACCUUCCUCAAACAUGCCUUAACUAGUUGCACUGAUCCGCUCAAAGCCAUUGAAGAGUUUCAGGUUACAAACGGGAUACUUUUACCCUCAUUACGCCCAAUGCUUCCAUUACUUGAUCUACACGGGGUGAGAAGACUGGAUUUUCACAUGUCAGUUGUAGAGGAACUCCGAGAGAAACUAAUCGCACACAUCAAUGAAAUCGGCAAGCAAGAAGGACGCGAAAGGGACAGGAAGCUGAAAGAUUUACUCGUAAAGAGUUUCCCUGUGGUCAAAGUGAAGGCUUUAAGGCCGAUAGUGAUGGCGAUUUUGAAAAACACACCACAGAUUGACGACAACUAUUUGAAAAUAUUAGUUAGAGAUCGGGAACUGUACAACGACACUGACACAGAAGUCAAACGGCAGAUCUGGAAGGACAACCAGUCGCUCUUCGGAGAUGAGGUCUCGCCUCUCUUGAGUCAGUACAUCAGCGAAAAAGAGAACGUGCUGUUCGAUCACACCAACAUCAGCACCCAGUUCUUCGGGCCUUCCCCCAAGGUGCGGCGCCAAGGGGAAGUCGUCCAGAAGUUGGCACACAUGAUUGGAAACAGUGUUAAAUUGUACGAUAUGGUGCUCCAGUUUCUUCGCACUUUGUUUUUGCGGACCCGAAACGUGCAUUACUGCACUUUGAGGGCCGAAUUAUUAAUGGCCUUACACGAUUUGGAAGUUCAGGAUAUAAUUUCGAUAGAUCCAUGCCAUAAAUUUACGUGGUGCCUUGAUGCCUGCAUUAGGGAAAAAAAUGUCGACAUUAAACGCUCAAGGGAGUUGCAAGGGUUUUUGGAUAACGUUAAGAGGGGCCAAGAGCAGGUGCUGGGCGAUUUAUCAAUGACUUUAUGCGACCCCUACGCCAUUAAUUUUUUGGCCACGUCGGCCAUAAAAAUCCUGCAUCAUCUCAUAUACGUAGAAGGGAUGCCGAGGGACAAUACGAUUUUAAUUUUGCUCUUGCGAAUGUUGGCUUUGGGUCUAAGUGCCUGGGUCAUGAUCGACUCCCAAGACUUCAAAGAGCCCAAACUGGACAGUCAGGUCGUUACGAAAUUUUUGCCGGCCCUAAUGUCGCUCAUGGUCGACGACCAAGUGCGGCAAUUGUCAGGCAAAUUGCCCCCAGAUGAACGCGAAGCUGCUAUCACAGUUAUCGAACAUUCGGGGCCCUUGCCCGAUGCAGUGGAGGCCUACAUUCAAGACAGUUCAGUCGCCAGUAUUCUCGCCAUGUACUACACCCUGAACGUGGCCCGGCUUAAAGACAGGGUGGGGCUGCUGCGAGUCUUGACGGUUUUGGCGAACUGUAAAGACGACCGGGCUUUUGAGGACCCGUUCCUCCACUCUCUCGUCAUUUUCCUUAUUCAUAAUCCGGAGGAGUUUCAAGCUGAGGAUUUUUGUACUGUUCUCUUCGACGAAUUCUUUUUUGCUGGGCUGACGAGGGAGAACGUGACAAGACAUUUACUGAAAUUGCUGUGGUAUGUACAUUCCCGACUGCCGGCUAGUCGUUUACACACGCUGAUGAAAGCGCUGCAACCGACGCACCAACACAGCGAAAAGGUUCACAAUUUGUACGAAACGCUUCAGACUAAGAUUAAUUCGCAAGAGGAGACUGCUGUACCUCUUGAAAUGGAUAUUGACCUCAACUCGCCUCUAAUGAGUGUGCCAACGCCUGCUCCGUAUCACCAUACGUUAUGAAAACAGUGGUAUUUUAUAAUUUUGUAGAGUGUUAUUUAUAAUUUCGUUUAUUAAAGACUAACAAUGCA